AAGACACAUCGGGAGGGAUAUCAAAACACUUGACCGGACCGGAACCUUUGUCCUCGAUACCCUACGUUAAAGCGGAAGGGACGAGAACAUAUGUACGACGGACCAGCAUGGGGACCGCCGUGGCAGCGCGUCAGGUUCUCCGGUGGGCUGUGAGGAGAGCCGCCUCCUCUCUACUCAGUCCGCUUCAGUUAGGGAGAUGCCACCCCCAGCCUCAAUGCGUCGGGUGCGGAUUGUUCUGUUCCUCCACCAGCCAGAGUACUCUGCAGUCAACGCAACACAACUAUAAACUCAGUCCUGUAUCUGAGAAACCAGUCACAGAGCUGUCCCCGCAGUCCUUAGUUGAUAUGGGGUUCACAGACACCCAGGCAGAGCAGAUAUAUGAGGCUGUGUCCAGAAUCAGAGGAAAGAGCCCUGCCAAACAUGCUCUGUCCACUCUCUCAGUUCUGUUCAUCUUGGGGCUCAAUCCGUCAAGUGUGCUGAAGCUGCUGCAGAAAUGUCCUGAACUGUACACUGUCAAGGAAUCGCAGCUUCAGCAGCGCAUAGGCAUCCUGCGGAAACUAGGUUUAGUCGAAGGCAGUCUUCAGAGAGUUGUGGCCCAUUACCCCCAGAUCCUGACUGUGCCUGUGAAGACAAUAAAACAUGUGACGGUGUUUCUCAGAGAGAAGUGCCUGUUUACUGCCCAGCAGGUCACAAACAUCCUCAGAGACAGUCCGGGCGUACUACUGGAGGAUCUGGGUCAGGUGGAGUACAAGUUUCAGUACGUCUACUUUCGAAUGGGUGUCAAACAAGCGGAGAUGAUGAAGUCCAGGCUGUUCCGAUUCACUUUAGACGAGGUUCGCUGCCGACACUGUUUUCUGGAGCGGAGAGGUCUGUACCAAACCCCAGACAAGAAAGGACAGACGAUCAUCAUCAACCCUAAACUGGACACCAUCCUUAACGUUGACCAGGACACCUUCCUCACAGCGGUUGCAAAGGCGUCAGCGGAGGAGUAUGAAGUCUUUCAGAGACUUAUGGCAAGAGAAUGGCAGGAACAGGAGAAGGAGUAUGGCAGCAUUGAAGCCGAUAGUGAUGACGAUGAGGAAGACGAUGAUGAAGAAGAUGAGAUAGGAGGCAAGAGUGGAUACAGGAAGAGAAGAAAGAAAUGACUGGUGGAGGGACAGAGAACUGAAAAAUAACUUAAAGGAAAUUAACUGAUUAAAUUACAUAUCUGAUGGUAAACGAAGCAAUAAAAUGUUUCCAUUUAA